AACAACCACAACCCACCCUGGCUGUUUCUCGGCCCAGCGAGGUGCGCCGGCUCGCCAUCAGUUCUCAUCAAUACGGACUCAACAUCAAGGACCAUAUCACCAAAAUCAUGCCUCGAGGAUACUAUCUCGGGCAGGGUCUCAUCCCUCUUGGCUACAGCAGCAGCGACGAUGACGAGGGCCCGUGUGAACUUCCUGACGGCCGCCUGGUUUGCGGUCCGCACGGCUUUGUGGUUUGCGGCAAGUGCUGCGUCGACUACAGCUUCAUGGACGAUGUUCUGAGCAACCAGGGCAACGGCGAUGACAAAGAAGAGGAGGAGGACGACGACGAUGAUAGCGGCGGGAAUGGGGCAGAGCCUGACUUUAUUCAGGACCUUCUGGGCCCUGCACUGCGGAAGGGCACUGGCCGAUCUUGGCCCUCAAAGUUCAUCCCGUCUUCAACCACGGACACGCCCGCCGAGUUGUUCUCUGGUCGCAGGCAACAUAUACGUGUCAAGAGAUACACCCAUCGAGACGACGCCAGCACUGUUCUAAUCCGCACAGACGGUGCUUGUCUCGACAACGGCCAGGCCAAUCCCAAGGCCGGCUGGGCUUUCUGGCAUGGGGUUAGCGACGACGGCACUCAUCUCAUUGCCAGCGCCUGCCUCGAGGCCAAGGGUCCUUUUGGCGACGCCGCCGCUCAGACCAGCAAUCGCGCUGAGCUCCGUGCCGUGAUCGCUGCGCUGCGCUUCCGACACUGGCCUGGCGAAGGGUUCGAGACCUUUGUCGUCGCUACCGAUUCCGAAUAUGUGGUCGAAGGCGCUACCAAGUGGGCCAAGACGUGGAUCAAGAACGGUUGGAAGACCAGUGCCGGGGCCGACGUCAAGAACAAGGACUUGUGGCAGGCGCUGCUGGGGGAGGUCGAGCGGGCCUCGGACGACGACUUGGCCGUCCAGUUCUGGAGGAUCCCGCGCGAGUGGAACACUGUGGCGGAUGCAGCUGCGAAAAGCGCUGCUGCCCGGGAAGCGGCGCCGAGCGAAUGGAUGGAGAUGAUUGGAAUGAACAUUUGAACCGCGCCAACUCGAGGGGAUGCACGGUCCUGAAUCCUUGUUGUGGUGGAGAUCAUGCGACUUAUUGGUCUCCGGAUUGCGGGAAUACGGGCAGAUGCUCACAGCGACGGCGCUGUGGGUCAGGUUGCCAGUUAUCAACUCCCGUGCAAACAUCACAGGCGGGGCAUAGGAAACAUACAGAGUUAUGGCUCCUAGAAUGGAUUAUGGCGGCGAGGGACGCCCUGUAUGCUAACCCAACUUGCAAUAGAUGCAUAUUCCUGCCGGGCAGCACCAGCAGAACGCCAUCGGUGAUAUAGUUGAGUAUGAUUGUGCCAAAUAUCUAUAUCCCCGACGGCAGCUGCCGUCACAGUUGGAGAGUACAAAAAAGAGACGUUUGGGAGAGCGCUCUAUUUAUGCGGGCCAGGCCCGGCGGGUCGCGUAGAGAAGAUGGAGCAAUCAGGAUUCGGCA